AUGGAUUCGACUAAUACCCCUAGCGAGAAGAUCGAGUAUGCCCGACAAGACGGCCCCGAGAGCUUGUCCAGUGGGUAUGCUUCCGACCAGCAACUGGUUCGGAGUCUGCUGUUCAAAUUAGAUACGAGAACAAACGUCGGUAAUGCCAAGGUGCUGGGGUUUGAGGAGGAUCUCAACAUCACCAACCAUCAGUAUGAUAUCGGCUUGACGGUAUACUAUCUCACCUACGUCUGCAGCGAGCUACCAAGUAACCUGUUAAUCAAAAAGGCCUCCCCGAAAUUAUGGCUGCCAUUCCUCACUAUGGUUUGGGGCAUUAUCACCAUGUGCCUGGGUUUUGUGAGGAAUUUCGGAGAUUUCGUCGCCGUACGCGCCCUUCUCGGGGCUGCUGAGGGAGGGCUACUACCAGGAAUGGUGUUGUAUCUAUCGUCCUUCUAUCGACGGGGCGACUUGGCCUUGCGGAUCGGACUGUUUUAUACGGCGGCAUCGUUGUCGGGAGCGUUUGGAGGACUCUUGGCCCGUGGAUUGGCUGCAAUCGGCCCGCGGGGCGGUCUGGAGGGAUGGCGUUGGAUCAUGAUCAUCGAAGGGCUGCUGACGUUCGUAUGUGGUGGUCUGAGUUAUUUCGGUCUUCCCAACAGCGUGGAAACGGCGUCCUUUCUCACACCCGAGGAGCGGUUGCUUGCUCGCCAGAGACUCAACCUUGACAGUCCGACUGUAUCUGAUGGCACAAUCUGGCUUCCUUUUGAAAUGCUCACUUAUGACAACAGAGAGCAAACGGACGGACAAGAAACGAUGAGAUGGUCGGAAGUGCGCCGAGGCGUUUUUGAUUUGCAGAUGUGGCUCUCCGCGACUGCCUAUUUUGCCAUUCUAUCGGGCCUGUACUCCUUCGGAUUAUUUUUGCCGACCAUCAUUGAUGAAAGUGGUUUUGCGACAGAUGCGAACCAAGUGCAACUUUGGACUGUCAUUCCGUACGCUGUGGCAGCUAUUUUGACCGUGGCCGUGUCUUUCCUGUCGGAUCGUUUGAAACUUCGAGGAGUCCUCAUGCUGUUUACCCUGCCGAUUGCGAUUGCCGGAUACGGCGCAAUUGCCAACAUUGAGUCCCCCAAGGCCAAGUACGGAAUGACAUUCCUCAUGGCCACGGGCAUGUAUGCCAGUGUUCCCUGCAUCUUGGUGUGGAACUCGAACAAUUCGGCCGGGCACUACAAGCGAGCGACCACGUCGGCGAUGCAACUGGCUAUUGCAAACUGCGGUGGAUUCGUUGCCACGUUCAUCUAUCCCAACAAGGAUAAGCCCCAGUUCCACCGGGGCCACUCGGUGGUCUUUGGGCUUCUCAUUUUCGCCUGGUUUAUGAUUCUGUUGAACGUGCUAUACUGUGCCAAACUCAACCUUGAUAAGCGACAAGGCAAGUAUGCAAAGUACGAGGGGUACAACGACGACCGAGACCCCGAGUUCAAAUUUGUGCUGUAG